CGUCAGUAUGCUUCAGUCAUGCACGAGCCCUAUCAGACGUGCGCAUAAUUUGAACCACAGCCUACUCCGAAGCUACAGCUCUGUACCGUCUGCGCAAACAAAGCUCGUUAAAAACUCUUUGCGCAAGCUUCUCCGAGAGACAGCCCAACCUGUGGCGGUAGUCACGUCUACCCUACCAGACCAUGAAACUACACAACACAGUAAUUCGUCUGUGCAAGGACAGAAAAAAGUAUCAUCGAUCUUUCAUGGCGCUACGUUGUCGUCCUUCACGUCCAUCGCACUCGAUCCGCAUCCACUCGUCGCGUUCUCCCUCCGUGUUCCAUCACGCAUGGCUCUCGCUCUGAAUGCCCAUGCAGCAAAGGCGCAGACGCAGAUGUCGUCUCACAUGGUCGUCAAUAUACUCUCUGCUGCACAACCCGAUAUUGCACGACUGUUCUCCAGUCCAGACCUGCACCCCUUUCCGUUCGCGGAUUCGGAGGUGCAGUGGGUGCUGUCCGCGGAUGGUCUCCCGGUUAUCAAAGGUGCUUUAGGCGCCAUUUCUUGCGCUGUGGUUGGACGGUCGUUGCCCUUGAGUGAUACGCGGUGGUUGCAUUCGAGCAUGGAUGCGUGGGAAGCGGAGGUGCAGCAAGUAGAGGGCAGUGGCGGGUUGGCUUCGGAGCUAUUCAUCGCACGCGUUUUGAGGGUGGAGGACAUUCCAGAGCCAGAGGGUCAGCUCGAGAAUGAGGGAUUACGGACGUUGCCUUUGCUCUACCACCAGCGAAAGUACACCACCGUGGGCAAGAUAUCAAAUCCAUGAUUAAGCUGUUUGACACUACAUGAUUUAUUUUGAUACCUAUGAUAGUAUUCAUCUUACCUACAUUUGCUCGAGACAUAUCAAAUCUUGCCCACUGGAACGAGUGAAACACAUGA